UUUCCAAGUUUGGACAGAGAAAGGUUUGGUCUGUUACCCUCAAGAAUAAGGCCAGCAGCCAAAAGACCUCCCAUGCACAAAUACACGCAAACACAUACGCACACAGUGUUUAACUUUGAAAUCAAUCUUGAUAUUUUCCAUAGUUCACCGCUGUUUUUGCCUUUGGAAGUUGUGGUGGCUAUUCGGGCAGAAAUGUUAUCUCCCUGAAUUGCACUGAAGGAGCAAACAAGACAUUGACAGCUGCUUUCUCUUAUCCUUUCAGAUUAAACCAAGAAGUUCUUGUUGAGAGCAACACCACAUUAUGCAACCGCACAAUGGCAGAGACUCACUUGAUGGGGGACUCAGCAUCCUCAGUGGAGUUCUUUGUGGGGGUCGCUGUGCUCGCCUUCCUUUACUGCAUGCUGGCUUUGCUGGUAUAUCUGGGCUAUAUGCACGUCUACAAGGACUCCAACUUUGGGCCCAUGCUUGACUUUGUGGUGACAGCUGCCUUCGCCUUCCUGUGGCUGGUGUGUUCUUCAGCCUGGGCCAGGGGCCUGCAGGUGGUGAAAGACGCCACGGGCCCAGCGGGCAUCGACUCCACCCUGAGCCUGUGCAAGGAGCCAGACGUGAGCUGCGAGGUCAACGAGAUCGCCAACAUGCGCAGCCUUGACAUAUCCGUGGUUUUUGGCUUCCUGAACGUGAUUGUGUGGCUUGGCAACGCUUGGUUUGUGUACAAAGAGACACAGUGGCACUCCCAAAAGUCUGCUGCACAGCAAGGUUCAGGCCGCAGGUCGGCCCCAGCCCCCAUUUAAACAACGGCCCAUUCCUAAGCAGGGCCUUCUCUCUGGUCAGCUGCCUGCGGAGGAGAAUAGGUGGCAGUCACGGCCUCUCCUCCAGUCACGAGAGAAGUGAAACCUCUCUUUUUUUCUCGUCCUUCUCUUUUUCUCUUUUCAGUUCACCGCUAUUUUAGCUGUCUGCCUGAUGCCACCCUGAAGAAUAUACCGGGACGUAUUAUCUGCCUUUGCUCUUUGAUCACUACAAAUGUUCUUUUGUGAGGAUGUGUGUGUGUGUUCACCUAUGCAAUUAUGUGCCUCAGCUAGCGGUGCUUACAGAGCUAGCAGAGCUUUGCUUAGCAUUUUAUUUCUUGUACACUUGCCAUUUUAUGUCCCUGAAGCUUUAUAUAUGGAUGAGCCUGAUUCAAAGCUUGCCUCAUGUUUGUGAACCUCUCUGAAACUCCUUAGCCUUAUAGUAAUGGUACUGUUUUCUAAUGGUUAUUUUUCAAAUGAAUAAGAAAUGUCCUGACACUUGAUUUUGUAUGCAUUAUGUUCUUGUGACAGUAGAUUAUUUUGUGUUGUGUGUUUAUGCACUAACUUUACCAUAUGCCUUGAAUACUCUGAAUGUUAAUGCCUUAAAGAGAAUUUACACCUCAAAAUGUGCAUAUUACGAGCUUUGUCAUUUUGAUUAUUCUUUUGGAAAAAGCUUGUUUUUUGUAUUGAUUGAUUCUGUUGUAUGAAAGGAAUAAUUUCUGACAAUGCAAAAAAAAUGUCAAGCCAAGUCUAAAGCUGAAUCUGUGUUGAACAUUAAUAUGCUAUAUAGACAUGCUUAAGGUGUCUAUAGAUCCUAGCAUAGAGCUAUUUUAUUUUGUCUUGACAGAAAUCCUUUAAAGGAGUAGUUAUGUUUUGUGCAGUUUUUUUUUUUUUUUUUUAAAUAAAGGCUCUCCCCUGAGAAAAACAAUCCUUGAA